AUGGAUAUCAAGACCGUCGAGUUUGAGCCCUUCCAGGACCAGAAGCCUGGCACGCAAGUUCCCCUGUCCCCGCCACAUUUCAAGGCACCAUUCCAGCUCGAAAAGCUCCCAAGACUGACGCAAUUGACGUCCAGGUCCGGUCUUCGUAAGAAGGUCACUGUUUUCCAGAAGCCUCACUACAGCGAGGCCUUCGUUGCAAGUAUUCUGCUGUCGAUUCCUGAAGGAGUCAAAGGCUCGUUCCUCGUCAUCGGUGGGGAUGGCCGGUACUGGAAUCCGGAGGUGGUUCAGUUGAUCGCCAAAAUUGGCGCUGCCUACGGCGUCAAGAAGCUUCUCAUAGGGCAGAACGGCAUUCUGUCGACUCCUGCCGCAAGCCAUGUCAUUCGACUCCGAAAGGCCACUGGUGGUAUCUUGCUCACUGCUAGCCACAACCCGGGCGGUCCCAAGAACGACUUUGGCAUCAAGUACAACCUCGCCAACGGUGGCCCUGCCCCCGAGUCAGUAACAAACAAGAUUUACGAAACCUCCAAAAACCUCACGUCAUACAAGCUAGCUUCGAUCCCUGACGUCGACCUCUCCACCAUUGGCACAAGUACCUAUGGUUCGCUCGAGGUCGAAAUCAUCGACAGCACCGCCGACUACGUUGCCAUGCUCAAGGACAUCUUCGACUUCCCCACCAUCAAGAAAUUCUUCAGCUCCCACCCCGACUUCAAAGUCCUCUUUGACGGCCUCAGCGGUGUCACUGGGCCCUACGGAAAGGCCAUUUUCGAAAAGGAGCUCGGUCUCACUGGCGCCACGCAAAACUGCGAACCCAGCCCAGACUUCAACGGCGGUCACCCGGAUCCCAACCUAACCUACGCUCACUCCCUCGUUGAAGCCGUUGACAAAAACAAUAUCCCCUUCGGAGCUGCUUCGGAUGGCGACGGCGACCGCAACAUGAUCUACGGCGCCAACGCCUUCGUGUCUCCCGGUGACUCGCUCGCCAUCAUUGCCCACCACGCCAAGUUAAUCCCUUACUUCCAGAAGAAUGGCGUAAACGGCCUCGCUCGCUCCAUGCCCACUUCUGGCGCCGUUGACCUCGUAGCCAAAGGCCAGAAACUAGAUUGCUACGAGGUCCCCACCGGCUGGAAGUUCUUCUGUGCCCUAUUUGACGCCAAGAAGCUGUCCAUUUGCGGCGAGGAGAGUUUUGGAACAGGCAGCGACCACAUCCGUGAGAAGGAUGGCCUCUGGGCCAUUGUCGCCUGGCUCAACAUCAUUGCUGGCCUCGGAGUUCAGAACCCCGGAGUCACGCCGUCUAUCAAGCAAAUUCAAAAGGAUUUCUGGACCCAGUACGGCCGUACAUUCUUCACUCGCUAUGACUACGAGGACGUCGAUUCAAGCGGUGCCAACAAGGUUGUCGGCGAGCUGAAGGACCUGGUUGCCGACCCCAAGCUUGUCGGUAGCAAUAUUGGAGGCAAGUCACCAACCCGCUCCGCUCACCGGAGGUUGGAGAAUGCAGGCAACUUCUCCUACACCGAUCUCGAUGGCUCCGUGUCCUCUAAUCAAGGCCUCUACGCAUGCUUCUCCUCCGGCAGCCGUAUCGUCGUGCGUCUCUCCGGAACAGGCUCUUCUGGUGCCACUAUCCGUUUGUACAUUGAGCAGCACAGCAGUGACCCGUCAACAUACGAUAUGGAUGCUCAGGAUUUCCUCAAGGCCGAAGUCAAAUUUGCCACGGAACUGCUCAAGUUCAAGGAGCAUGUUGGCCGUGAUGAACCUGACGUCAAGACUUAA